UACAAGCGGCGGAGCAGCUCACAUGAUUGUGCUGUGACUGUCUUCUGAGGCCGUCGGUGUGCGCGAACAUGUUUUUGGAGUCGAUGAGAGAGUGAGCGCGGCUCACUGCUCUCAUUGUCCUCCAUGUACGGCUGAGGAGAAGCACCAGUCGCUGGGCCGCCCCGUCUCGCCUGAGCUCCUCCACACCCCGCCCCACCGCCGGGCUCUGGCUCGGGCCAACGAUCUGGAGGACCCACCUCUGCUGGAGACCCCCCGGACAAUGGGAAGCUGUAGAUUGGGUUAGAGUUUGGGGAUCUGCGUCGUUCUUUCUGAUCAAGUUAUUAUUUAGAUUUUUUUCUACAAGCUAGGCUGAGAACAAGCUCCCCCGUUUCGAAGGAAUCUUUUCCGAGCAGCGUUUCCUUCAGAUCAUCUUCGGGGACCUUCAGCGUCAUUGUGGAGCUAACAGACCAGACUGGGCACUGUAGUCCGCCCCCCCCUCUCCCCGAAGAACCCGAGGUUCUGCCGUUCGAAGGAGUGAACCACCACGACUUCCCUUCCCGGAUUAUCCGACACUGUGAACACCUGCUGCUUGACAGAUGGGUGCGGCCUUCAUGAAGUUCUGCUGCUGCUGCUGCUGCGCUGGCGACGAAGAGGACGAGGACGAGAAGCAGCCUCUAGUACCUCAGGAUCCCCUGGAGUAUUUCAACCGCGAGGUCCAGAAGCGGCGCGAUGAGGAGACCAACCUGUGGAGCGAGCCCGGCGACCCCAGCCACUCGGAGAGGGAGGACGACCGGACCCUGUACUCACUGCUGCAGGCCAGGAACAAGACCCGCAUGGGAUCCACGGGCUACCGUCGUCUGAGCGUUGACAUCGAGGCCAUGAGAGACACCCGCCGAGAGGUCCGAGACAAGUGGAAGAUCAUUCUGGAGAACCUGGGUUUCACGGCGGAGGCCGACUCGCUGCUGAACGUGUCCGCCGGCGCCUCGCUCGACCGCAUGCGUAACGCCCCUGCAGCUCGUGACCUCCUCCAUACGCUCCACACCGAGACGUCCGUCUUCUGCAACAGGGAACCGCCCCCGGAGAGAUAUCUGUUCAUCCUGGACCGCCUCCUGUACCUAGACAUAGCCGAGGAUUUCCUGGCGAAGGCGAAGCGCUUCUAUCCGCCGAGGGACGACUCGGACGAGGAUCCCACGGGCCUCGGCAUCAACCUGCCGCUGCUGCUGGCCAGGGUGGAGGCCAUGAACGGAGCGGGCCGCGGCGACGAGGCGGACAGCGCCGGAAGUGACAGAUCCUGAGGAGGCCCACCCGGCUGCAGUACUGACGGACGCGAGGCAGGGGGCGGCAGACGCCAACCCCUCGAGGGCCGGGAUGAAUCGCAGAGCUCCUGUCGCUGCAGCUUUUUGGAGGUUUUCUUUGAGACCGAAGAACUGCACAGCUUUGAGGUUAUUUUUGAUUUCUCUGUGAUUUCUGGGGGCAAAAAAUUCAAAAGGGUUUCAGGAGAUUUUUCAGGGUCGACGUUACAGAGGUGUUUACUGCGUGUGUGUGCGUGUGUGUGUUUUUCUGUUCUACCCAAAAAAAGUGUUAGCAAAGUUCCCGGCCUGUUUAUUGUUCAGCUGUUGCUGAACCUUCAGGGGAGCAAUGUUCCUUGGAGCAGAACCUCUUUAUAUGUUGUUGUUUUUUUGUCCUAUGAUUAUCAGCACUCGGUUCAUCCAGUCACAUGAUGGGUAAAAACACAGGGGAAGACAAAAGAAUAAAUAGCCCAGCAUAAGUGUCACACUUUUAAAUAGUGCAAAGAUUGCAGCGUUGACUGCGAGCGAUUUGGGAAAAAUAGCUGAUGGAAAUGAAAUGGAGCAAGAACUGUUUAUUGUGAAAUGAUCUUGUGUGUGUGUGUGUGUGUGUGUGAGACUUUCAGGGGAUGUGAGGAUGUUUUUAGGUGUUUUUUCUAAACGUGUGGCACUAAUGCGUACGUGUUAUUGUGUCCAGAGUUCCCGAUGAAAUAAAGUCGCAGCCUGAAGCCUG